AACGGCUGUCAAAUUCCCUUGCAUUGUUGAUAGCUUUGACAGGACGCAAGGAAACCGCAGUAGUUGUCACCUUCCAGAUCUGUGGACAAAUAAAUAUCCAACAACCUCGGAUGAGUGAAGUAAUCUCCUACAAAAACACGGAGGAGCAACCAAAUUAUUUAAUUCUAAUUGAAAUGUGAAGUGAGAAAAAUCUGUGAAUCUAUUGUUUUUGUCAAAUAAUCACUAGUUUCUGUGUAUGUCAAAAAGUGACCGUCCUUAGCUGAAAGUGAAAAUAAAAUUCCAACACCAAUUAGGCUACCGACAGUAGUGGAGGAAUUCGUCGCUAGCGUCAUCAAAGUUGUUCUAAAUUCGAAGUCUGUGAAGCACGCCCAAAAACAAAAAGCACCAUAUCCACAUAUUACUUCUAGCAAGUAAAUUUAUUUUAACUAAAAAUCGUAAAAAUAAAACGAAAAUACGAAUCUCUACAAGAGUGGCAACAAAUGUGUGCAUCAAUGUGAAAUUCCAUACUUUUACUACAUUCAAAUUAUUAUUAAUUAAAUGAAAUGUACAAAUGUGUGAUGUUGUGUGUGUGUGCAAGUAAAUAUUGUUAUUGCUAUAGAAAAUAGGAAUAAAGCAAUUAUUGUUUACGUGAUGAUUUGCUGAAAGAGUAGUCAAGACCGUGCAAUUUUUCCAUAGUGUACAACCGCGUGUAUUUUUGUGCGUCCAUAUGCAUUUAUGUAUACAUGUGUUUACAUUUAAUAAAUGCUAAUGUGCUCAUAUGGUUGGUUGUCAAUGCGUCUGGGGCGCUUAAAAAGAGUAUAAGAUUUGUGUGGAACACAUAUGUAUGUAUGGAAUGUACAUAGCUCUGCAAUAAAAUAAUUUUAAAUAUAUGUAUACAUACAUACAAUCUCCUUAUGUAUAUUCAAAUAUAUAAAAUCAAUCAAUCUUUUCCUUCAUGCUAACUAAAUCGUACAAAUAUAAUUUUAAAUUCCAACGCACAGUUGUAAACAAAAACAAAAACCAACAAGCCAAACAAAGAAAUAAGUAAUCUCUAAACUUUGCUUAAGAAAAAUUGGUGUCACAUAAAGAAAAUACAGAACUUUUAAUUUCCUUUGGAUUCGCACUACAAUAUGGCCAUGGCAAACAGCAGCGUUCUGAGUGGCAGUGUUGGUGCUUUAGGAGCUGCCAUUGGUGGUGGUGGUGGUGUUAGCGGAGCUGCUGGUGCUGGCGUCGGCGUUGGCAACAGUGAUUUGUGGCGUGAGUGUGUUGCAUGGUUAACGCGUUGCAAAAUCAUACCACCGGAUCACAAAGCCAAUUGGGCGGAUUCAGAAAUACGUGUCCUUGCUUUGACAUUACGAGAUGGUGUUUUGCUCUGUAAUUUGGUAAUUUAUUUGGAUGCCAACAGCAUGGAUCCACGCGAUUUUAAUCGCAAGCCGCAAAUGGCACAGUUUUUAUGCUGUAAAAAUAUAAAGCUUUUUCUGGACGUCUGCCGUAAUCAUUUUGGUCUACGCGAUUCGGAUCUCUUUGAGCCCACAAUGCUGUAUGAUUUAACGAAUUUCCAUCGUGUGCUGAUAACACUCUCGAAAUUGUCGCAAUGCCGUAAAGUACAACAAUUGCAUCCGGAUUUGAUGGGCUUCAACAUACAGCUGUCACCUAGCGAGCGCUCUCACUCCGAUGAAGCCAUUUACAAGGAUUUGCAUUCAACUACCACCGACAAUAAUGCAUGUCACAAUGAUCAUAUAAAUACCAAAGAAGAGGAAGUCUAUCAAGAUUUGUGUGCUUUACAGAGAACGAGUAGAAGUCAGAUCACUUCAGCAACUAGUUUUGAACAACGUGAUUAUGUCAUACGCGAACUGAUCGAUACCGAAUCGAACUAUUUAGAUGUGCUAAAUGCCUUGAAGACAAAAUUUAUGACACCACUUGAACGUUACCUGAAUUCAGAGGAGAUUAAACAAAUAUUUCCACGCAUACGUGAGCUCGCUGAUAUUCACACGAGAUUUCUCGAAAAAUUGCGUGAUUCGCUAUCACCAAAUGCGAAAAUGAAAAUGAGUCAAGUAUUUUUGGAAUUCCGUGAGCCGUUCCUACUCUAUGGCGAGUACUGUUCAUGUCUAUUGGGUGCCAUCGAUGUGCUGGCUGAUAUUUGUAAAAAGAAUCAGAUUAUAGAGCAACUUGUGCAACAAUGUGAACGCGAAUACAAUGUGGGCAAAUUGCAAUUACGUGAUAUUUUAUCCGUACCCAUGCAGCGAAUUCUCAAAUACCAUUUACUUUUGGAUAAACUAGUCAAAGAAACUUCACCGGUGCAUGAGGACUAUCGUGCACUGGAGCGUGCCAAAGAGGCCAUGAUUGACGUAUCUCAAUAUAUCAACGAAGUAAAACGUGAUUCCGAUCACUUAGUGAUCAUACAAAAAGUUAAAGACAGCAUUAUCGAUUUGCAUUUACUACCUAAUGGCACCAAUGAUCUCCUCCAAUAUGGUCGCCUAUUGUUGGACGGUGAAUUGCAUAUAAAAGCACAUGAAGAUCAGAAAACGAAAUUACGUUAUGCAUUCGUUUUCGAUAAAAUACUUAUAUUAGUUAAGCCAUUACAUUCAAAAAUGGGCGAUAUGCAGUAUACAUAUCGUGAUUCACACUAUCUCGCCGAUUAUCGUGUGGAACAGAGUCAUAUGCGGCGUACUUUGGUUAGGGAUACACGUUUCAAGUGUCAGCUAUUGCUGGCACGCAAAUCGGGCAAGACUGCUUUUACGUUGUAUUUGAAAUCGGAACCGGAACGUGAUAAGUGGCGUAAAGCGCUCACCGAAGCAAUGGAAAACUUGGAUCCGCCGGGUUGUCGUAAUACGGAUCACAAAAUGGAGAUAUAUACAUUUGAUGCGCCCACCACAUGCAGACAUUGUUCGAAAUUUUUGAAAGGACGCAUACAUCAGGGCUAUCGCUGUAAAGUGUGUGAAAUUGCGGUACACAAAGGCUGCAUAUCGUCAACUGGUCGUUGCAAACAAAAUCCGCUUUCGAUACCGCCACCUGUUUGCGAUCGUCAGCUUUCGGAGUUCAACUGGUUUGUCGGCACAAUGGAUCGUGAGACGGCUGCUUUACGUUUGGAAACUCGUCGUAUUGGUACUUAUUUAUUGCGCGUGCGUCCACAAGGUGCAUCUAAUCCCCAUGAAACGAUGUAUGCGCUGAGUUUGAAAACCGACGAGCAUGUCAUUAAACAUAUGAAAAUCAACCAAGAGAUGCAGGAUGAUCAUUUGGGUUAUUUUCUAUCAUCGCGACGACAUUUUAAAACCAUUGUCGAACUGGUUUCGUUCUAUGAACGCAAUGAUUUGGGCGAAAAUUUUGCGGGUCUAAAUCAAACUCUGCAAUGGCCCUACCGUGAAGUUUACGCACUUGCUAUUUAUGAUUACGAACCUAGAGCCAUCAAUCAAUUGCAAUUAAAAACCGGCUGUCAAGUGAUGGUCAUUGGCAAGGAUGGCGAUAGUAAAGGUUGGUGGCGUGGAAAAAUUGGCGAUACGGUUGGCUACUUCCCCAAGGAUUACGUACGUGAGCCACCACCAAUAAGUGAUGAACUUUGAUAUUAUAAUUGUGUAAUUUAUCUAACGCCAAAUCCAGUACCACAUUCAAUUGUAUCGGAUAACUCGCUAACAAAUAAUACAAGUUUGGCAACGAAAGAGGCAGGACCAUUACCGUUGCCGCCUCGUACUGUGCAAAAGUCGCCACAAAUUGUCAGUGAUGAGAUUAGAAAUGAAAAGAGAAAAUAUGAAAAUUGUUAAAGGAUUGCGACUGUUGCGUACACACUUGACAUGCAUACAUAUAUACAUACAGUGUGCAUAAAUAUAUAUAUAUAUUAUAAUAAUGUUAAUGAAU